UGGGCGGCAGGCCCGGGCCGGAAGGAGGCGCCGAAGCGGGAAGCGCGAGGCCGGGCAGGGCCGGGCGGCGCCGCUGAGGAGAAAGGCCGCGGCGCGGGGAGGCCAAGCGGGAUUCGCGGAGCGUCCGGGCGGGCCGCGGGAUGGCGGCCCUCGCAGAGCUGACGGCCGAACUGGACGGCGCCGACGGCGAACUGCGGGCGGUGGAGACGCGGAUCCGAGAGCUGCUGGAGCGGCAGCGGGAGCUGAUCCGGAAGAAGGAGGCCCUGACCCAGGAGAUCCGCCGCGCCCUGGACGCCCCCCGGGCCGGGGCCGGCUCCGACCCGGACCGAGACGCCGACGGCGACCCGGAGGCCUGGACGAAGCAAGAUUUCCCCUGGGCCGGGAAGGUGAAGGAGGCCAUGCGGGACGUCUUCAAACUCCCCAGGUUCCGCCCUCUGCAGCUGGAGACGAUCAACGCGACCAUGGCCGGGAGAGAGAUCUUCCUCGUCAUGCCCACCGGAGGCGGGAAGAGUCUGUGCUACCAGCUGCCGGCCGUCUGUUCCCCCGGUUUCACCCUUGUGAUCUGCCCUCUGAUCUCUCUGAUGGAAGACCAGCUGAUGACUCUGGAACGACUGGGGAUCUCGGCGGCCUCGCUGAACGCCUCCAGCUCCAAGGAGGAGGUGCGCCGGAUCCACGCCGAGAUGGCGAGGGAGACGUCGGCGCUGAAGCUCCUCUACGUGACCCCCGAGAAGAUCGCCAGGAGCAAGGCGUUCCUGGCCCGGCUGGAGAAGGCCUACGAGGCGGGCACCCUGGCCCGCAUCGCCGUCGACGAGGUGCACUGCUGCAGCCAGUGGGGGCACGACUUCCGACCCGACUACAAAGCCCUGGGCGUCCUGAAGCGCCAGUUUCCCCGCGUGCCCGUCGUGGGCCUGACGGCCACGGCCACCCGCGCCGUCCUCGGGGACGCCCGGAACAUCUUGGGAGUCCACAACUGCCUCACCUUCACCGCCUCCUUCGACCGACCCAACCUCUACUACGAGGUUCGGCGGAAGCCCCCCAGCCCCGAGGAUUUCAUCGAAGAUGUGGCGAAGCUGAUCAACGGGCGAUACGCCGGGCAGUCAGGAAUUAUUUACUGUUUCUCUCAGAAAGACUCGGAGCAAGUGACGACGAGCUUGCGGCAGCGGGGAAUCGAGGCAGCUGCCUACCACGCCAACAUGGAAGCCCAGGACAAGACCAGAGUCCACAAGAAAUGGUCGGCCAACGAGAUCCAGGUGGUGGUGGCCACCGUGGCCUUCGGCAUGGGGAUCGACAAGCCCGACGUGAGAUUCGUGAUUCACCAUUCGAUGAGCAAAUCUAUGGAAAACUAUUACCAGGAGAGCGGCCGGGCGGGUCGAGACGACCAGCGAGCCGACUGCAUCUUGUAUUCCGGCUUUGGCGAUAUUUUCCGAAUCAGUUCGAUGGUGGUGAUGGAAAGCGUGGGUCAACAGAAGCUGUAUGACAUGGUUUCGUACUGCCUGGACGAGAUCAAGUGCCGCCGGGCUCUGAUCGCCCGACACUUCGACGAGGUCUGGGCCUCGACCGCCUGCAACGGCAUGUGCGACAACUGCCGACGGGAAACGCCCUGGGAGGCCGAGGACGUGAGCGGUCACUGCCGGACCCUGGUGCGGCUCCUGGAGCGGGCGGAGCGGCUGGGCGAGAAGCUGACGCCGCUCAAGCUGCUGGACGCGUGGACGGGGAAGGGGCCGGCCAGGCUCCGGCUGGACGCCGCCCCGGCCCCGCCCCCCACCCUGAAGCGGCACCGCCUGGAGAAGAUGAUCGCCCACUUCCUGCUCCGACAGUACCUCCGGGAGGACUUCAGCUUCACGGCUUUCGCUACCAUUUCCUAUCUGAAAAAAGGAUCCAGGGCUCACCUCCUGACAGACGACAGUCACGUCGUCACCAUGCAGGUCCGGAAGGCGGGGCCGCAGACCGCCGAGGGUGAAUCUCCCCAGAGGCCCGGCUCCCAAACCGGCGGCGUAAAGGGGGACGGCGACGCCGAGAAGGCCGGCCGCGCCCCCCCCCGGCCUCGCGCCCGAGACCCCGAGGCCAAGAGGAGGAAGAGGGCCGGCGGCGGGGACCGCUCCGUCGUCGUCGACUGAACCUUCCGGCGACGGCCCGGACCCAUCCGGCGCCCGGACGCGCCGCUGCUACGAUUCCCGCUUUCCCCCUCGGACAGUCGCCCGCAUCUCCUCGGCGACUCGAAGCGACCUUAGGGGAACGGAUGUAUAUUGCCCGUCGAACGCCCCGCCCCGACAGACGGACGGGCUCGUCGCGUCGGCGGCCGAGCGUGGCGACGGGUUUGGCCCCGGGGGUCUUCGGACGCCAGCGGGAAAAUCGACUUAAUAAAUGAAAUAAGCAGCA